ACAUGCCAAGACAUCACAUAAUUUUUUACUUACUUUUUUAUUCUUUACGUGUUUAGCCAGCCAGCCAUUCAGCCAGCCGGCCGUCAUUUCCCAACUUCCAAUUUUGCACCAAUUUCCCAUAUUUCCAGAUUUCCCCCCUUUUUAUUUCCUACAAGCAACUUGCAACUCCAAAAUAAAAUAAAAUCAAAAUUUCCAUCUCAAUUUGAUCAAAUUUCAAGACCCACUUUCCAAUCUCAUUCUCUUUCAAGAUCUCACCGGCCGGCCGGAAACCGGAUUUCUCAAAAUGGGUCGGGUCGCAAUGGGCCCAUCUGAAUCUUCUGUAACAAUGAUGAUGUAUACCCUCAAAGAUUCAUAUACUUUAUGGGAUUAUAUAAACGAUUCCCCUGUUUGGCAAGAUCGAAUUUUUCAUACUCUUGCCGCCUUAUACGGCGUCGUUUCACUUGUUGCUCUGGUACAAUUAAUUAGGAUACAGCAAAGAGUGCCAGAGUAUGGUUGGACGACCCAGAAGGUCUUUCAUUUCCUCAAUUUCUUGGUUAAUGGGGCUAGAUGCUUGAUAUUUGUUUUUCGUCGUGAUAUACAAGGAUUGACACCUGAGAUCAGCCAGCAUAUGUUGCUUGAUUUGCCAAGUCUUGUGUUUUUCACUACCUAUGCCCUCUUGGUUCUCUUUUGGGCAGAAAUUUACUACCAGGCAAGGAAUGUCUCAACUGAUGGUCUCCGCCCAGCUUUCUUUGCAAUCAAUGGAAUUGUUUAUUCAAUUCAGCUUGCUCUGUGGUUAAUAAUCUGGUGGAAACCUGUCCAUAUCUUGGUUAUCCUGUCCAAGGUUUUCUUUGCAGGGGUGUCUCUGUUGGCUGCCGCGGGAUUCCUUAUUUAUGGAGGAAGGCUAUUUCUGAUGCUACAACGGUUUCCUGUGGAAUCCAAAGGCCGUAGGAAAAAGUUGCAGGAGGUUGGCUAUGUGACAACAAUCUGCUUUAUAUGUUUUCUUGUGAGAUGUAUCAUGAUGUGCUUCAAUGCGUUUGACAAAGCUGCUAACCUAGAUGUAGUGGAACAUCCUGCUCUAAACUUCAUAUACUACUUGUUGGUGGAGAUAUUACCGUCUUCUCUAGUCCUUUUCAUUUUGAGGAAGUUACCGCCUAAGCGUGGGAUCAUACAGUAUCAAGCUAUUCGCUAAGUAUAGGAUGGCCGUCUCAGAAUAGUUGGCUUGCGAAUAUAAAGAUAGCAUUUUGGUGGAGCGGUUUUCUUUGUCUUAACGGAGUCCAAAGAAUUUGACAGCUUUCUCAUCACAGAGGGCUCCCACGAUUUGUGAAUUAUUGUAUUGAUUUGUAUUUAUUCAACACGUUCAGUUUCAAUUAUUGUAUUUUAAUCUUAUCAUAUGAGAAGCAUAAUUAUUUACAAACCACGAAUUUUUUUUUCAGCAAAAAGAAAACAUGCACGAACGUCAAAGAGAAUAUUUUUAUGUUUA